UCCUGCCGUAGUGAACGUACGUCGUCAUGGCCGAGGCCGGUUGUUGUUGGAUGUCUCUGGCUUAAAAUGACUUUUUUCUUUUCUGUUUGUUUAAAUCGAUGCUAACCUACCAACGUGGGCUUCGUCGCGGCACGGUGGAUUUACCGGGUUUUUAAACGGAGAGGAAAACCAAUAUUCCACAAAUUCUAUCGGUUUUGUUUUAUCGGCGCUGCUGCUCUCCCUGACCGGGAGCUACGGCUACUAGCUAACAGGAGUACAGCAGCGUUAGCUACAUGCUGCUGCCAGACCACCAGCUUCAUAGAGAUAAUAAAGAACUUCUGAAGUGGGAAAUCGUCCUUUGGCUACUUUUCUUACCGGCGACUCACAGGGAACAUAAAAACACAAGGUUAACCUCUUGGGACAUUUCAGUACCAGUUCUCAGGUCUGUAUUUUGGACUCUGACAUGGCUGGACGCAGUGAAGAUGAAAGUGCUAGCAAUAGCAGCGGAGAAUCAAGUAAUUCCGAUGAUGAGUCCGGCUCCCGUUCAGGUUCAGCCUCUGCUUCCAGUUCAGGUUCCAGUUCCAGCUCCUCCAGCAGCAGCAGCCGAUCCGGGAGCAGUGACUCUGGAAGUGGCUCAGACUCUGGCAGCCAGUCAGAUUCUGACACUGAGAAAUCAAACGAGAAGAUGGAGCCACAAAAUAAGUCAAACAUCGAUGGAGCUGAGUUCUGGAAGUCCAAUCCAAGCAUCCUGGCAGUGCAAAGGUCUGCUAUGCUCAGAAAACAACAACAGCAACAACAGAAACAAGAAUCCUCGAACAGUGGCUCUGAUGAGGACUCUUCAAGUAGUGAUGAAUCUGAAACAUCAAGUGGAUCUAAAAAGAGAAGAAACUCAGACUCCUCUGACUCUGGAUCAGGCUCUGGCUCUGGGAGUGACUCUGGAUCGGAUUCAUCAGCAGAGGAUAACAGUAAUGAAACCGCAUCGGACUAUGAGCCUAGUCCCAAAUUCAAAAGCAGAAAGCCUCCAACCAAGAUGGCUUCUCGAAAUGGGAAAAAAUAUGUCACCCAGAAAAGUUCAUCUUCCGAGGAUGAGAAUAACUACACAAAGAUGGUCUCUGCGGGGCCGAGGCGGCAGGCCACAGUCAACGUCAGUUACAAGGAGGAUGAGGAGUUGAAGACAGACUCUGACGAUUUGGUGGAGGUUUUGGGUGAAGAUGUCCCACAGCCUGAGGAAGACGAGUUUGAAACAAUAGAGCGAGUGAUGGACUGCAGGAUAGGAAGAAAAAAAGCUAUAGGGAGUUCAACCACUGUAUAUGCUAUAGAGGCAGAUGGAGACCCUAAUGCCAACUUUGAUCCCAGUAAAGAGGCUGGUGAGAUCCAGUAUUUUAUAAAGUGGAAGAAUUGGGCCCACAUCCAUAAUACUUGGGAGACUGAGGAGGCGCUGAAGUUGCAGAAUGUUAGAGGGAUGAAGAAACUGGACAAUUUCAAGAAGAAGGAUCAAGAGAGAAAAAGAUGGUUAAAGGCAGCUUCACCAGAAGAUAUAGAAUAUUUCAAUUGUCAGGAAGAAUUGAUGGAUGACCUGCACUCUCAGUAUCAGCUUGUGGAGCGAAUAAUAGGACAUUCAAAUCAGAAGUCAGCCGCUGGUUAUCCAGACUACCUUUGCAAGUGGCAGGGUUUACCAUAUUCAGAGUGUAGCUGGGAAGAUGGUGCUUUGAUUGCCAAGAAGUUCCAGAAAUGCAUUGAUGACUACAUGAGCAGAAAUCAGUCUAAAACUAUCCCAUCUAGAGAUUUCAAGCUGAUGAAACAGAGGCCGAGGUUUGUGCCUAUGAAGAAGCAGCCAGCUUACAUAGGAGGUGAUGGACUGGAGCUCAGAGACUACCAGCUGCAUGGUUUAAACUGGAUGGCCCACUCCUGGAGCAAAGGGAACAGUUGUAUUCUUGCUGAUGAGAUGGGCCUAGGGAAGACCAUCCAGACCAUCUCCUUCCUCAACUAUCUGUUUCAUGAGCACCAGCUGUAUGGGCCAUUCCUGCUGGUGGUGCCCCUCUCUACACUAACUUCCUGGCAGAGGGAAAUCUUCCUCUGGGCUCCACUAAAGAAUGUUGUCGUCUACCUGGGAGACAUCAACAGCAGGAAUAUGAUCAGAACACAUGAGUGGAUGCAUGUACACAGCAAGAGACUGAAAUUUAACAUCAUUCUCACAACAUAUGAGAUCCUUCUCAAAGACAAGUCAUUUUUGGGCAGUGUUAACUGGGCGUUCAUUGGUGUGGAUGAAGCUCACCGACUGAAAAAUGACGACUCCCUCCUCUAUAAGACGAUGAUCGACUUCAAGUCCAAUCACAGACUCCUAAUCACUGGAACACCACUACAGAACUCUCUAAAAGAGCUCUGGUCCCUGCUGCACUUCAUCAUGCCUGAAAAAUUUCACUCUUGGGAGCUGUUCGAGGAGGAACACGGUAAAGGCAGGGACUCUGGUUACACCAGUCUUCACAAAGAGCUGGAACCGUUUCUGCUGCGCCGUGUCAAGAAGGAUGUAGAGAAAUCUCUUCCAGCUAAAGUGGAACAAAUCCUCCGAGUCGAGAUGAGUGCGAUCCAGAAACAGUAUUACAAAUGGAUUCUGACCAGGAACUAUAAGGCUCUCAGUAAAGGCACCAAAGGCAGCACAUCAGGAUUCCUGAACAUCAUGAUGGAGCUGAAGAAAUGUUGUAAUCACUGUUACCUCAUCAAGCCUCCAGAUGACGACGAGUCUCUUAACAAAGCUGAAGCUUUACAGCAACUGAUCCGCAGUAGUGGAAAGCUGGUUCUUUUGGACAAACUACUUGUGCGUUUGAAGGAGCGAGGUCACAGAGUCCUCAUCUUCUCCCAGAUGGUACGGAUGCUUGACAUUCUGGCUGAAUACUUGAGGUGUCGGCAGUUCCUUUUCCAGCGAUUAGAUGGCUCCAUUAAAGGGGAGAUGCGGAAGCAGGCGUUGGAUCAUUUUAAUGCUGAAGGUUCAGAGGACUUCUGCUUCUUGCUAUCUACACGUGCGGGUGGCCUUGGUAUCAAUCUAGCAUCAGCUGAUACAGUGGUGAUCUUUGACUCAGACUGGAACCCCCAAAAUGAUCUACAAGCCCAAGCCAGAGCCCACAGGAUUGGACAGAAAAGACAGGUGAAUAUUUAUCGACUGGUGACGAAAAGUUCUGUAGAGGAGGACAUCAUUGAGAGAGCAAAAAAGAAAAUGGUGCUGGACCACCUUGUGAUUCAAAGAAUGGAUACCACAGGAAAAACUGUCCUGCAUACUGGUGCUGCUCCCUCAAGUUCAGCACCAUUCAGCAAGGAAGAGCUCUCUGCCAUUUUGAAAUUUGGUGCUGAAGAGCUUUUCAAAGAGCCAGAAGGUGAAGAGCAGGAGCCUCAGGAAAUGGACAUUGAUGAAAUCCUUAAAAGAGCUGAAACCAGGGAGAAUGACCCUGGACCUUCCACUGUAGGAGAAGAGCUGUUAUCUCAGUUCAAGGUCGCCAACUUCACCGUGAUGGAAGAUGAGGACAUAGAUAUGGACUCUGAGAGAAGUCAAAGGAGCUGGGAUGACAUAAUUCCCGAAGAGCAAAGGAGGAGGAUGGAGGAAGAAGAGCGACAAAAGGAGCUGGAAGAAAUCUACUUAUUACCACGCAUGAGGAAUUGUGCCAAACAGAUAAGCUUUAACUCUAAUGUGGGUCGGCUGAGUAGAAACAGGAGAUACUCAGGCUCUGAUAGUGACUCUGCCUCAGACCGGAAAAGACCAAAAAAACGAGGACGACCUCGGACCAUUCCACGGGAAAAUAUCAAGGGCUUUACUGAUGCUGAGAUCCGCAGGUUUGUCAAGAGUUACAAAAAGUUUGGAGGACCACUGGAGAGAUUGGAUGCCAUUGCUCGUGAUGCUGAACUCGUGGAUAAGUCUGAACACGACCUGAAACGAUUGGCAGAAACCGUCCACAAUGGAUGUGUGAGAACGCUGCGUGAAAACCCCUGUGGACCAGAGAAAACGUCAGGAGGCCGAAGAGGGAAGGUGAAAGGUCCUACAUUCAGAAUUUCUGGAGUUCAGGUUAAUGCCAAACUUGUCAUUUCUCAUGAAGAAGAGCUGUCUCCUCUGCACAAGGCGAUUCCUGCUGAUCCAGAGGAGAGGAAAAGGUAUAUGAUUCCAUGCCACUCGAAGGCAGCGCACUUUGACAUUGAGUGGGGAAAGGAGGAUGACUCCAGCCUUCUCAUAGGAAUAUAUGAGUAUGGUUAUGGCAGCUGGGAGAUGAUAAAGAUGGACCCGGACCUAAAUCUCACACACAAGCUACUUCCAGAUGAUCCUGACAAGAAGCCACAGGCCAAACAGCUACAGGCCAGAGCAGACUACCUCAUCAAAUUACUGAGCAAGGACUUGGCCAAAAAAGAAGCACAGAAACAAGCAGGAGGCGCAAAUUCACGAAAGAGGAAACCAAGAAGUAAAAAGAGCAAAGCUCUAAAGUCGACCAAGUCAGAUGAAGUAACAAAGAGCCCAUCUUCUGAUCUCCAGUCAGACAAGAGAUCAGAUGAUGAAGAUGAAAUCGACGAGGAGGAGGAGGACAAGGAGGUGAAGAUGUCCAGCAGAUGGGCCCGAGCAGACAAGAUGGUGGUGAAGGAGGAGAAAGAGGAGGAUCACGAAGAGGAUGAGCAGGAUGUUUUCUCAUCAGGGGAGAGGGAUGGCAAAGAAAAAGAACUAAAAAAAGAUGUAAAGAAAGAAAAGGAUGAAAGUUUUGACUUUAAAGACAUAAAAGAGUCCAAAGAAAAAAAAGAAAUCGUGGCUCUUCAAACAAAACACAGACAAGAGGAGGACGUAGAGAAGAAUGAAGUAAAACCUGAGGUACAAGACCGGAUAAAGAAAGCCUCAGACUUGUCUGUCCAUAAAGCAGCAGGUGUAGAAAAUAUGCCAGUAUCUGAGGAGUCUGAGGAGCUGGACCAGCGGACCUUCAGUGUGUGUAAAGAGAGGAUGCGGCCAGUGAAAGCUGCCCUGAAGCAGCUGGACCGGCCGGAGAAAGGGCUGUCAGAGCGCGAGCAGCUGGAACACACCAGACAAUGCCUCAUUAACAUUGGAGACCACAUCACAGAGUGCUUGAAGGAAUAUUCAAAUCCUGACCAGAUCAAGCAAUGGAGAAAAAAUCUGUGGAUAUUUGUUUCCAAAUUUACAGAGUUUGAUGCAAGAAAACUACAUAAACUGUAUAAGCACGCAAUCAAGAAAAGACAAGAAAACGCUCAGGCACUGGAGCAGAACACUAGAAAUCUAAACACACAAGGCUACAAACAUCUUGAUGUUGAGAGGUUGAAGGACAGCUCUCACCACGAUGACAGCAGCAGAGACAGCUACAGCUCCGACAGGCAUCAGCCUUCAGCUCGACACCACGAGAGCAGCAGCGGCAAGGAGAGGCACAGCUUCGAGUCCCACAAGAAGACCUCAGCGGGGGAGUCUAGGAAAAGACCGUACUCCUCCUUCAGCAACGGCAAAGACCACCGAGACAGAGACCACUAUAGAGCAGACAACAGGGACAGACAGGACAGAUAUCAUGACAGCAAACAGAGGAAAACGGAGGAAAAUCGCACCAGCAAAGACCAUCGGCUGGAACUUUCCCACCCAGACCACCGCUCGUCCUACCGCUACCACUCGGACUGGCAGGCGGACCUGCGAGUGUCGGGGGGCGGGGCCCGCUCUCCUUGUGACUCUCGCUCUCCAAUGGGCUAUCACUCGCCGUACGAAUACUCGUCGGACCACAGGAGCACGCCAGAGCAGAUCUGGAGCAGCCGCAAGACAUAGCAGCAGCUGCCUGGGUCUGCUCGCAGCAGCCAUAGACUCAGCUACACAGCAAAUGCCUUAAACGAACUGUGCACCCCAAACUUCACGCUGUUCGAAAGCACUGUGUGUCAGUCAGUUCAGCAUGACUGUUCAUUUCUUCACUUCAGCGACAGCAUGUGAGGACCCCAGAGACAGAAAAACACUUUACAAAGAAGUAGCUUCAAGCAGGCAGCGAAUAGAGAAAAACAAUCUAAAAUUACAUUUGUAUUUAAGAAUUUAAAAUUGUCGGCUCUGAAGCUGGCAACAGAUUUUUCUUUCUUUUGUUUUAAAUGCAGGGGAUGGGGGGGUUUGGACUUCUUUAAUGAACACAACAGACCCUGAAUGCUGCCCAACCCACGACACUGGAGACUGUCCUCAGUGCUUGUGUUUCUGUCACACCUAAUUAUGUGUAUUUAAACUGUUUACUCAAUAAGGACUCGCUCGUCACAGGAGCUGUGAAACACGGUGGUGCGUCUCGUUGACUACAGCGUGGACUCAGGCUCAACACCUGAAGUACCUCAUAUUCAUCAACUGUCAUCUCUUUAACAGGUUUUUAUUUCCCCCCAGCUCCCACCAGCGAAUUAUUUAAUAACAUAUCCUAGGUGUAAAAAUACAUAAUCUUGAAAUUUUUUCUUAUUUUUUAUUGUAAAAUAGUAAAUCAGUGUACUGUUUCCUCAGGCUUUUUGAAUUUAUGACUAUACUUUCCCUAUCAACUCAGGCUUUUUUGUCACUAUGUGAGUGAAUUUCCAUUUAAUAGUUUUUUUGGUUUCAUAAUAAUGCUCUCAGAAUGUAAUUUUUAAGGGAAAGUUGUUUUUUUAUUUACUUUUUUCACUAGUAAUUAGCUCUUCUGUUCAGUGUGUUAAAAUCAGUGGCUGGAGUCAGAUGUACAGUAUGAAUAUAAAGACAGUUGUCUUUCAGCCGAAGCACCUGAUAGAAUUAAAAUAAACUAAACUCUGCGUUUUUGUUUUUAUCUGUUGGUUACUUUUCAGUUUAAUUUACAUAUAGGCAAUAAUAAUGUCAAUGUUUCUAUGCAGCCAAGUAUAUUCUUUGUGAACCACCCAACUGAAUGAAGUCACUGUUAUGGUUCAAACUUGUAUAUAUAUUUUUUCUAUAUUUCCAAAUGAAUUUACACUGAAAGUGCAUGAAUUUUUAUGAAUUGUUUUAUAAAGUUCUUUAUAAAACUGCUAAAAUCAG